UGACAAAUCUAGGAAGCCGCUUUUUACUUACAUAUUUUAUUUGUUUUAUAAAAUUUUGCUUGCUAAAAAACAUUUGUUUUUUGGGAAGUCCACAAUUUUGCCAACUUCUUAUAUUUAGUAAUUGAUAAACUAUUUUGAAUUAAAUUUAAGAGCUUUCUACAUCUAAAAAUCAUAAUGACGGAAACUGAGAAAAUUGAAGUAAGAGAUAUCACUCGAAUCGAACGAAUAGGUGCACAUUCACAUAUUAGAGGUUUAGGGCUUGAUGAUGUCCUUGAAGCACGUGCUGUUUCACAAGGUAUGGUUGGGCAAAAAGAUGCUCGACGCGCUGCUGGUAUUGUUGUUCAAAUGGUACGAGAAGGCAAAAUUGCUGGAAGAUGUAUAUUACUUGCUGGUGAACCGAGUACUGGUAAAACAGCAAUUGCUGUUGGAAUGGCUCAGGCUUUAGGUAAUGAAACUCCUUUCACAAGUAUGUCUGGAUCAGAAAUUUUUUCAUUAGAAAUGAGUAAAACAGAAGCCUUGUCACAGGCUUUACGGAAAUCAAUUGGAGUUCGUAUUAAAGAAGAAACUGAAAUUAUUGAAGGCGAAGUUGUAGAAAUUCAAAUAGACAAACCUGUGACUGGAACGGGACAGAAAAUCGGGAAAGUAACUUUAAAAACAACGGAAAUGGAAACAAAUUAUGACUUAGGAAAUAAGAUAAUCGAAUGUUUCAUGAAAGAAAAAAUACAAGCUGGUGAUGUUAUUACUAUUGAUAAAGCAUCUGGUAAAGUAAGUAAACUGGGACGAAGUUUUACUAGAGCAAGAGACUAUGAUGCAACUGGUGCUCAAACUCGCUUUGUUCAAUGUCCAGAAGGAGAAUUACAAAAAAGAAAGGAAGUUGUACAUACAGUAACACUUCACGAAAUUGAUGUAAUUAACAGCAGAACUCAUGGUUUUCUUGCAUUAUUUUCUGGUGAUACAGGAGAAAUUAAGCAAGAAAUUCGAGAUCAAAUUAAUAAUAAAGUUAUGGAGUGGCGUGAAGAAGGAAAAGCUGAAAUAAAUCCCGGAGUUUUAUUUAUUGAUGAGGUUCAUAUGUUAGAUAUAGAAUGUUUUUCAUUUCUCAAUCGUGCUUUAGAAAGUGACAUGGCUCCAGUUGUUGUGAUGGCUACAAAUCGCGGUAUAACUAAAAUUCGUGGCACAAAUUAUAGCAGCCCACACGGCAUACCAAUUGAUUUAUUGGAUCGUAUGAUUAUAAUUAGAACUAUCCCCUAUACCGAUAAGGAAAUGAAAGAAAUAUUAAAAAUACGAUGUGAAGAAGAAGAUUGUUUAAUGAAUACAGAUGCACUCACAGUUUUAACUAGAAUUGCUAUUGACACUAGUCUUAGAUAUGCUAUUCAAUUAAUUACUACAGCUAAUCUUGUUUGUCGUCGUCGUAAAGCUACUGAAGUAACUAUGGAAGAUGUGAAAAAGGUUUAUUCACUAUUUUUAGAUGAAAAUCGUUCAAGUAAAAUUCUUAAAGAACAUCAGGAUGAAUACAUGUUUAAUGAAAUUGUGGAAGUUAAACCGCAACCAAUGGAAUGUGGAGACGCUUAAUCGGUAAAUUGUAUGUUAAACAAAAAAAAAUUGUUUGAAAUCAUGCCUAAUUGAAAUGUUCAAAUAGAAAUAUUUUAAAAAGAAUGUUUAUAACCUUUAAUUUCAUUAUUUCGUUUAAAUAAAAGCAUUC